UAAGAUUGUAUGUCACUGCAUCUUCAUCUUUAUUGUAUACAGUUCAGUUUUAUUGAAAUGUGUAGCUACAUUAUUAAUACAUUUUUAUAAUAGUAGUUUUAGGGUUUUGAAGACUAGUAAAAAUACAUUGUUAGCAAUGCCUUUAGUUGUAUUGACAGGAGUUCCUUGCAGUGGAAAAACAAGGAGAAGUAAAGAUAUUGAAAAUUACUUUAAAGUUGAAAAAGGAAAGGAAGUUCAUAUUGUAUCUGACAGCAUUAUUGGAUCAACUAAUAUCACUAAAAGUGAUCUUUGUUUUAAUGCUCAAAAGGAAAAAGAAAUAAGGUCAAUUUUAAAGUCUGAAACUCUUAGGUUACUUGGACGAGACAAUGUUGUCAUUUUAGAUGCUGCAAAUUAUAUAAAAGGUUACCGUUAUGAGCUGUACUGUGCGUCAAAAAACAGCAAGACGACCCAAGUGACUGUGGAGUGUGUUGUGAAUACAGAGCAGGCAUGGGAGUGGAAUCUAGGACUGGCAAAGGAUCAACAAUAUACUAGAGAAGCCUUUGAUGCGCUAAUUAUGAGAUAUGAAGCACCAGACAGUAGAAACAGGUGGGAUUCACCACUGAUAACUUUACAGCCUGAAGACCCAACACCAAAUGAAGUAUUACAUGAUGCUCUCUUUCAGCGGAACCCACCGCCUCCUAACCAGUCAACACAAAGUGCUCCUUUGUCUUCAACCAACUUGUAUGAACUCGACAGAGUAACCCAAGAAGUAGUGACAAGCAUUCUAUCUGCUCAAAAGCUGGGAAUUUGUGGGAGUGAGGUAAAAAUCCCUGGAUUUUCCGACUGUGUACUCUCGCUGCCAGGGUCUCCCCUGUCCCCGGCACAGCUGGCUCGUCAUCGCAGGCAAUUUCUGGCUUACACACGUCUCAAUCCGCCUAGCAGCCCACAGCAGUCAGCCCACCAUCUAGCUCACAUGUUUGUGCAAUUCCUCAAUACUACAUUAGCUGGUGCUAACUAGACAUAUCUGACCUCUACUGUAUCUAAAUGGCGUUGAGAGAAACUUAAGUUGAAAGUAUAACAGGAUUUCGGACAUUUGCCAUCGUUAUAGGUUUUAAAAGGUAUAACACAACAGAUGCUCAGUCACUGUGCAGUAGCAACUGAUCGACUUGCAUCCUGCGCAGUGACAAUGCCUAGACUGGACUCCUGGCAGUUUUUGGGAUGUUCGAACCCUGUUUUUCCCUUCUUUACUUCUUUCUGUUCGCUAUUUUUGUAGUAUUAAUACCUCCCCCACCUAGGGAAGAGGAUAGAUUCCAAUCCUCGAAAUGUUUUGUUACACCUUCUAUAACGUACAACGAUGGAAAAUGUCUGAAAUCCUUUCAACCCUUCCAUCAUCAAUAACAAAAUUUAAACAAAGAAACUAAGUUGUCAUACUGAAUAUUAAAAUUUAUCCAAUUAAUUGUUAAUUUCAAAAUUAAUCAAGUGCCUUAAGCAUAUUUGGCAGAAUUAAAAUUGAAUGAGGCUUUAUUCAUGAGCAACAUUACAUCAUAACAAUUAACAGUACUAAGCACGCAGGUGCCAUCUUCCUGUCAGCAAAAUAUGUGUAAUCCACUGUUUCCAAGAUAUUUCAUAGCUCUGCAAAUACCAUUUAACAAAAAUACUUAUUUUAAUAAUUUUGGGAAUAUAACCUUUUUAUUGCAUUGUAGGAAAAAGCUUUUUGAAUAAGUAACAACUAUAUAGUAUUACAAAUCACUAGAAUCAAGUAUAUUCCAAAGUAUAAUAUUUCGAUGGAUUGUGAACCAAAACUAUAGGUACAGAGGUCGUAUAUGUUUGAGUGCAAGCUAUUUAUUCUAGAUGGAACUGGCAUUGUGUUGCCAACUAAGGUUUGAUUUUAACAUCAUCUGAUACCCUCUGAUUGGCUACUGCUCAGAGAACUUCUCUUGUGCUGCUUAUUACAGUAGUAUAUAAGGAUGUCGUACUUUUUGGUUUUGUUAUUUUUAAUAAUUGAUUACAUGUAUUAUAGUAAUUAAGUAUUUAUUGGUUACUUAAAAAAAAUAAUAUAUAUACAAUAAAGAAUAUACUUUGUA